AUGGCAGAUAGAAUCAGUGAGUUUCACGAUUCAAUUCUUUGUCACAUUCUUUCUUUUCUUCCAACCAAACAUGCUGCAACCACAAGCAUCCUCUCUAAGAGAUGGAAAUCACUAUGGCUCUCAGUCCUCACUCUCGAAUUCGACUGCAAAUCCUUCGAAGACAUGACCUGCCAUGGAUAUUCUGUACACAAAUUGAUGCUCUUACGAAAAAUUGAACUUCCAAUCCUUUCGUUUCGUUUCAAUUGCAACUACUGGUGUCCAAUUCAAAUCCAACGUGAUGUUACUCUAUUUGUUUCCUAUGUAAUGAAUCGAGGAAUAGAGAAUCUUAACAUUCACAAUGACAUGAAAUUACCAUCUAGUAUUCUUAGUUGCAAGACCCUUAAGAUUCUUAAGUUGAAAGGAAUAAUAGUGAAUGGUUUUUCUCAUCAAUUGGAAUUUCCUGUUCUUAAAAUUCUUCAUUUAAAGAGAAUGAGUUUCGAACGGCAUGAAUUGGUUGUUAAACUUCUGUCUGGUUGUAAAAUACUUGAGGAGCUGCAAACCAAAUUUUUGUAUAUACUUAAGGAUUCAUUUAUUCCAGAGAAAGAGUUUGACGGCUUAUUACCUAGUUUAAUCAAAGCAAGUAUUUCUUUUGAAGAUUACAUUAUUCCUGUUAAUUUGGUUCGUAAUGUGGAGAAUCUAUAUAUGGAACAGGAACAAUUGAUAUGUUGUACUAAACUUCCCAUGUUUCAUAAUCUGACACAUGUGAAACUUAAACUUUUCUUUAAUAUGUGGGGUUGGUUGCAACAAAUGCUUGAACAAUGCCACAAACUUCAAAGUUUAAUCGUAAAGGGUUGUGAACAUCAAGACGAGAUAAAGGACCAAAGUUGGAAGGAUCCACCAACUGUUCCAAACUGUCUUUCAUUGCACCUGAGAACAUGUUGUCUUGCAUAUUGUAGAGGCACCGAAUCUGAGCUCCAAUUUGCAAAAUAUAUUUUGCAAAAUUCAAAAAUACUAAAGACUAUGAAAAUUAAGUAUAAUUACAAUGUAGAUAUGAAAGUAAAAGACCAAAUAAAAAUGGAAUUAUCUUCAUCCGCAAAGGGCUCUACAAUGUGUGAAGUUGUUAGUUAUAACCGAAGCAUCAAUGAAAUGCUAACAUUUUUGUGCUGGAAAGACAUUUAUGGCAUUAGAACGGUGUUCAAUUCGGAUGUUAAUUGGUUCAAUGAAUCCGUUUGUGGGAAAAUCGGAGAUGGCAAUGUUAUGUGUUUCUGGCAGCAGUCUUGGAUCGCUAGCAGCUAUAAGCUGAUUUCUGCGUUCAAUGAGGAGGUUUCCCCUGAGGACACAUUGGUUCUUAGUGGUUUGGCGGAUAUUUGGAGAUCGAAGGCGCCGAGUAAAAUUAAUUUUUUUUUGUUGGAGACGAUUGUUGAAUAG